UUUGCCUCUCAAAUGCUGGAAUUAAAGGUGUGGGCUAUCAUCCCCAGCUUUUAAAUUAAAAAAAAAAUUAUAGUAUUUGGAUGUGGGUAUAUGUGAACCCAGGUGCUGGCAGAGGCCAGGGGUGUUGGGUUCCCUGGAACUUGAGACACAGGUAGUUGUGAGCUGCCCCGUGUUGGCCCUGGGGUUAAUUCAGGGCCCUUUGUAAAAGCAGUGCAUGCUGUAAUUUGUUUUGUUUUGUAAGACAGGGCCUUGGUCUGUAGCCCAGGUUAGCCUCCAACUCAAAGUAAUGCAGGGUGUAUAGGUGUGUACCACCACACUCCAUUCUGCCAGGUGUUUGUCUGUUGAGACAGGGUCUCACAACCUAGCCUUGGCUAGCCUAGACCUCCCUAUGUAGUUACCGGGCUAUCCUCAAACUGAUGACAAUUCUCUUGCCCCUGCCUUCUGUGGAUGAGGAUGAGGUUCUGUCAGGUUAGGUUUGUAUUUGUUUAGUUUCUUCUGUUGUUGGUCUUUGUUUUUAUUCUGUUUGCUUUUUGAGACAUUCUCAUCUUAUAGCCUAGGUGGGCAUGGAACUUGUGACUGUCCUGCCUCAGCCUCCAAGUGCUGGGGUUACAGAAAUAAAACCACAAGGCUAACUGUGUGUCAUGUUUUAUUAUUACUUCUACUUUUAUUUUUGGUGCUAUGUAGAACACCCCCAGCCUCAGUUCCCUCUCAAAAUUAGCAAAGACAGCCGGCGAGGCCUCAAUAGGAAUUUCAGCAGUAGAGGUAUUUGGAUUGCUUGCUUUUGUUCCCUGCUGUCAGGGUCUCCUCGUGAUAACUGUCCCUUUAUGACUUCAUUCCCUGUCUCUGCUUCCAUUUGCUACUUUGUGAUUUCAUCAAAGGCAUAGUUUAGCUCAUGCUGGUCAGAGGGCCAGGAGCCUGCUUUGCGCAGACUCAGCUUUGGAGACCGGUCUAGAACUGAGCUCUCUGCACCUUGUCCUCGGACGCAAAGCGGCGGUUUCUUUCCAGUUGGCUUCUGCCUGCAACAGGUGAUGUGCGUUUGGCUUCUGGAGCAGCUUCAAAGACAGAGGCCAAGGGUGUACCUACUGCUAUUCCUAGAGUGCCUGUAAUGCUUAGCGUCUAACCCAUGGCGGUCUCCCCACCAUCCCAGGCCAAGCCAAGCGAAGUCUCAUCAACCCUCCAACUGCCUCAGAGGCUGGCGCCAAGCCUGGAGAAAAAAACCGAGUCUCUAGGAGAGGAACGGUCAUGCCUACUGAGGGCCACAGCUGCAGCUCAGACCCUGGCCAGUAUCGUCCGGCCUUGUUAUGGCCCCUAUGGCCGGCAGAAGUUCCUGGUGACCGCUAAGGGAGAAACAGUUUGUACAGGUCAUGCCGCUGCCAUCCUGAGAGCGCUGGAGCUGGAGCACCCAGCUGCCCAGUUUGUCCGAGAAAUAGCCCAAAUACAGGCAGAGAACACUGGGGACGGCACAACCUUUGUAGUUCUCCUGACCGAAGCCUUACUGGAGCAGUCCCAGUACCUUUUGUGGGCUGGCUUAGCUCGAAACCAGCUCCGGGAGAGCUUGGCCACGGCCACAGCGGAAGUCCUGACAGCUCUGCCUUCCCUGGCCAUUCGCUCUCUAGGGCCUUUGGAAGACCCAUCAUGGGCCCUCUAUUCUGUGAUGAACACCCACACCCUGCCCGACACCGAGUAUUUAACCAAGCUUGUGUCUCAUGUGUGUUGGGUAAGCAGAGAGCCAAAUGGCACCUUCAGGCCUGACCGUAUUGGUGUGUGCCUGCUGGAGGGGGGAACGCUGAACGAUUCCCACAUUCUCCCAGGGUUAGCAAUAUGUGGAAAACCCUGUGGACAAAUGACCGAGGUGCUAGCAGAUGCCAGGGUGGCCCUGUUCAUUUGCCCCUUUGGUCCUACAAAUCCGCAUUCACUGGCCACGCCCCGUCUCUCCAACCCUGAAGAACUACUAAGAUUUCGGAAAGAAACCGAACAAGUGGAAAAGGAAAUAGCCCAACUGGCUGCUAUGGACAUUAACGUGGCAGUGGUAUGGGGGGAAGUUAAUGAGAAUAUGGUGGUCCAGGCUAACAAUUGUGGCAUCAUGGUGAUUCAGGCCAAGUCACGAAAGGAUGUGGUCUACCUGAGUGAGACGAUGGGCACUCCUCUGCUGACUCGGCUGCUUCCUCCCCUGAAGCCCGGGAAGUGCCAGAAGGUUUACAGGAAGGAGCUGCAAGGCAGUGUGGCGGUGGUGUUUGAGUGGGAAUAUGAGACUACACCUUCUCUCACUUUAAUCCUUAGGGGGCCCACCAUCCAGGGACUUCGGGGUGCAGAGCAGGCUGUCUACUAUGGCAUUGAUGCAUUUUCACAGUUGUGUCAAGAUCCCAGAGUGCUACCAGGAGCUGGGGCCACAGAAAUGGCUCUGGCAAAAAUGUUGUCAGACAAAGGAAGCCGACUGGCAGGCCCCAACGGUCUGGCCUUCCUAGCAUUUGCCCAUGCCCUGAGCGCUCUGCCUAAAACCUUGGCGGAGAAUGCAGGCUUAGCUGCCCAAUGUGUGAUGGCAGAAAUGAGUGGAAUUCACCAAGCUGGGAACUUCCUCACUGGAGUGGGAACAGACGGGAUAAUAAAUGUGGCCCAGGAAGGGAUAUGGGACAUAUUGAGGACCAAAGCCCAAGGACUGCAAGCAGUCUCUGAGCUGGUGCAGCAGCUGGUGACAGUAGAUGAGAUCAUAGUGGCCAAGAAGACUCCUGUCCACCAGCAGAUUACAAGACCCACCCCGCAGGCAAAGCAGUCCUCACCCCUGAGAGAAAAAUUUUUUGCAAAAUAUGUAUAGCAACACACUAAAUAAAGUAAGGAUUGUCAAGA